AUGCUGCUGCCGGGAAACGAUUCCUCCGGUUGGGCUGAAGUCCCGGAGGCGAACCGGUCCGAGGAGGCGGGCGGCGGUGGCGGCGCGGCGGAGGGCGGCGGGUCCGGACCGGAGGCGGUAAUCGUACCGGUGGUGUUCGGGCUGAUCUUCGUGGUGGGGGUGGUGGGGAACUCUCUGGUGAUGGUGGUAAUCGGAAAGGUGAGGUACAGCGGCGGUGGGGGAGGCGGUGGGGGAGGAGGGGGAAAGCGCUCGGGCAGCCCGACCAACAUCUUCAUCCUGAACCUGAGCGUGGCGGACCUCAGCUUCCUCCUCUUCUGCGUCCCCCUCCAGGCCACCAUCUACUCCCUGCCGGAGUGGGUGUUCGGAGCAUUCCUCUGUAAGUUCGGACACUACUUCUCCACGGUCAGCAUGCUGGUCAGCAUCUUCACGCUGGUCGCCAUGUCCGUGGACCGCUACAUCGCCGUGGUUCACUCCAAGAAGUCUCCGUGCGUCAGGAGCCGCAGGAACGCGCUGGGCGGGGUGUGCGCCAUCUGGACGCUGUCCCUGGUGUGCUCGGUGCCAGUGGCCCAGCACCAGGUCCUCACCAACCACCCUACCGCCCCCAACAGCACCUUCUGCUGGGAGAAGUGGUCCGGAGCCUCCAAGCACACCUACAAGGUGACCAUCCUGCUGAUCGGAUACCUGCUGCCGCUGCUGCUCAUCAGCUGCUGCUACACCAAGGUUUUGUUUCACCUUCAUACAAAAAUGAAGAACAUGUCUAAGAAAUCGGAGCAGUCCAAAAGAAAGACGGCUCAGACGGUUCUUCUGGUCGUUACUGCCUUCGCGCUCUGCUGGAUGCCCCACCACAUCAUCGCCAUGUGGGUGGAGUUUGGCACCUUCCCCCUGAACGACGCCUCCUUUGCCUUUCGGAUUGUCUCCCACUGCCUGUCUUACGGAAACUCGUGCGUGAACCCCGUCCUCUAUGCCUUCCUGUCCGAGAACUUCCGCAAGGCCUGUCGCCAGGUCUUCACCUGCCGCCUCCUGUACCCGCCGCCGCCCCAGGGCAAGGUGGUUCGCCUCCGCAUGGAGAACUUCUCCACCACGCACUCCACCACCAACAUAUGA